UGACAGCUCGUUCCCAGCUGGAUUUAGAUUCCUGCUUCUCGGUUUGACUCCCUCUUGCAGCUGGAAACGGAGAUGGGGGAGAACCGGGAAAAACGGAAACCAAUUCGCCUAAUCGCUGCUGUCUGUAACAACCGGGGAAUCGGUAAAAAUGGCCAUCUGCCCUGGAGUUUACCGUCUGAAUUUCAGUAUUUUCUGAACACCAUCUCCAGAGUUUCUCGACCAGGUAACUUCAAUUUGAUGAUUUGGGGACGACACUGUUGGAACUCUCACCCAGAAAACAUCUACCCACUGCCCAACUCUCUACAUGUAGUCCUGAGUAAAACACUAACAAAUGUCCCAAAUUACGCCCACUUCUUGUGUCGGGACUUUGAGAGCGCAGUCCGUCUUGCAGCUGAGCACCCCCUCGCUGACGUCAUAGAGACCAUCUGGAUUCUUGGUGGAACGCAAGUCUAUGAGGACGCGUUGCAGCACCCGUGGUGCGACCUGCUCUACCUGACGGACGUGAUGGCCGACUUUGACUGCGACGUCUUCUUCCCGGAGUUUGACAGAAAACUGUUUCAGCUACAGGAACGAUUUCCUGACGUGCCGAGUGACAUUCAAGAGGAGAACGGCAUUAAGUUCCAGUGCCAGGUUUUCAAGAAAGAAGCUGCUGAUUCCAUUUAAAUAUUAAACAUAAUAAAAAAUGACAUUUUCAAAAACACAUAUGCAAAGUUGACUGUAGAGAUUUUACUUGAAAGCUUUUUGUUUUUCUUCUCACGGGCAGAGGAAACACAGAAAAGCUCACAGCUCUUUGACUUCAGACAGUUUAACUAAAACAAAUAGAUGCAAUGAAACAUUUUUUCCACAUUUAUUUAUUUUAUGCAGAUAACGCAAUAAUCUCUGGUAUAAAAAGUGGUUUCUCGCUGCCUUCAGCGGUCACCUCCCAACUUCUCUGUGUUUUUCUUCUCAUCCUCCCACGCAUCCAUGUUGCAGCUGCACAGAAUAAAGUUUGUCAGUGACUCAGUCAAAAGUAGCAAACAACCUGCUGCUUUCCUCGUCUUACAGCAUCUCCGCAUCUGUCUGAGUCAGCAGAACAGAAGUCAGUUUAUAGGUUAUAAGUAAUUAACCUGCUCUUCAUUUUUCAUAUCACUGUUUCUAAAUAAUAAUAAAUGUAACUCACAUAAACAAAAAACAAAAUGUUUUAGCUAAAAAAAAUUCUUGAAAAUAGUUUUUUUACAUUUUUCUCAGAAAAAACUAUGUAUAGAAUAUUCAACUGAAGAAAUUAAUAAUGUGAGCCACUUUUAAUAAAGAAUAUUAUUUA